UUCGGGUUCUCAAUAAAUUUGAUCAAGGAAAAUAAGAUAAUCCACAAUCAGAAUCAUUUUCAUCACACGUAACACCAAUUCUGUAGCUUUUAUAACUUUUCGCAUAAAAAUGUACUUCACUGGUGUAUGAUACAAAAAAGAGAGUUCAAAUUGGAAGUGAUGACCACGCUGAUACAUCGUUUUACAUGUAACUCGGCUCGCUCUGGGCUCGUCAAGCGAAAUGGCUGCAUCACGUUGACAUUGCUGCGUGUGUCCACCCUGGCUGGGUCUUGUGUGCCGUUUUGUUACACACAUAGUAUACUGGACACAUGCUGGUCGUGCUAGAGGAGUAGGGCUAAAUGGAGAGGAAUCGGAAGCCAAGGCUACCUGAGUUUGAAACUUCAGGCCAGCACAGAGUUCGUUAAGUAGUGGUGCCUUUCAACGCAGCACAUCAGCAGCAAAACUAUCACUGCUUACUCUGCCAAUCUGAAGGACGACAUGCACUUAGCUGACCAACUCUAGAGCACUACGACUUACGUCUUUAUCCAACAUACACUCAGAAAGAGACGCAUCAACAAAUAGGCUUAUGAAAUUUCUCACCUGCGUUAUGACAUUGUUCCUGUGUGGGUAUUUCUGUUUAUAAAUCAACUCAGCUGAUUCAGCAAGAAUGAAAAGUUUGCUGAAUUUUUGACCACACAGCUCACUGCAGCAUGCUGCCUGGUAAUUGACCAACUUCAGUUCUGUGGAUACUGGAAUUGAUCGGCACCCGACUACGUUCAGUCCCGUGUGAAUGAACGUCAAAUACCUGACGACCCUUAGCUGAGCAGUUCCAAACUUUAUUAAAUCACCUUUUCAUCAGCAACAGAUUCUGCAGACAUUGUCAUCUGACUUGAUCGCCUGUGGCUGACAAGAAAGCAAUGGGGAUCGUUGAUUUCUUCAGCAAGAUCUUUGGUAACAGUGGCAGGAAGGCCCAGGUGCUGUGCGUGGGACUCGACAACAGUGGCAAGAGCACAAUUAUCAAUGAACUCAAACCCAAGGACACUCAAGCAGAGGAUAUCGUACCCACGAUUGGUUUCACGGUGGAGAAGUUCAAGUCCACGUCUGUCAACUUCACCGUGUUUGACAUGUCGGGCCAAGGCAGAUACAGGAACUUGUGGGAACACUACUACCGUGAAGCCCAGGGCAUCAUCUUUGUGCUGGACAGCAGUGACAAAUUCCGCAUGGUGGUGGCCAAGGAAGAGUUGGACAUGCUGUUGAAGCAUAAAGACAUAGCCACGAGGUGCAUCCCCAUCCUCUUUUUCGCCAACAAGAUGGACCUGAGGGACGCCCUGUCCUCCGUCCAGUGCUCCAAGGGGCUUGAGCUGGAACGCAUCAAGGACAAGCCUUGGCAUAUAUGCGCCAGUAACGCCCUGACAGGAGAGGGGCUUCAUGAAGGCAUUGAGUGGCUCACAGAUAAACUGAGACGGUGAUAAGGGGAAGAAACAACAGACGCGGUGGUAAACAGAGUGAGGAAUAGAGGGGAGUAUCUCAAAAUCUCAGCUGUUUCGCUGGGAGUAUAUUUUUGCUCUGAACAGGAACAAACACUCUACUCUGUAGAAAGUUCACUGCUUGGAAGUGCUGGGUCUCCUUCAUGGGCACCUAACUGGGAUCUGUCUGCUUCAACAGGACAUAUGCUUGGAAUAGGGCUCCGUCAGAGUUACUAUGUUGUGGCUGAACAAUAACAUGUUAAACAUGAGAGCCUGUUGAGAACGGAGUUAGCCGCUAGCUGGUAGUCUCCAUAGGCGACUGUGUUAUUUACCAGUCACGGCUAGGCAACUCGGACGCAGCCUUUUGCUUUUUUUAACCGGGAUCCCAGAGGGCAGUCAGUUAAAACAAGAAUGCCAUUGAUUUCAAACACUCUGUAACCUCUUGCUGCUGGGGGACCCGUUUUCGAGCACAUAGGCUUUAUACACGGAGCCAAGGAACCCAAAACAGGACAAAGGGAACUGGGCCUUAUAACAAAAGACAGUACUCAGAACAAAAGACCAGGCUGCUGGGUAUUACC